AUAGAUAGAGAGAGAACUGAAGAUUAAUUGACUGAGGUUUCCAUCUUCUUUUCACCCCUCGAAGAAGAACAUCCAUUGGAUUUUUUUUUUUAAAAAUCAUUUGAUUUUUCUGCGGAAUUUAUUGUCAGAGAUGGUUAAAUCAAAUGAGAAUGAUACAGGAGGAGGAGUGAACAUGAUGGCAGAAAUGGGGAGAAAUCGCAGGGCGUUAAGAGCCAUUGAUGCGAAUAUCGUUGCAGCAAGACCAUGUCCUUCUGCUAUGCACAAGAGAAGUGCUUCCACUGAAAAACUUGUGAAUACUUCUAACAAGAAUUCUAAGAUUCUGGCUCGUCAUCGCCCAAUAACUAGGAAAUACUCUGCACAAAUUACAAGCAAGCAGCAGCAGCCACUUAAUGAGGAUGAUGAUGAUGUUGAAAUGGAAUCUGUGGAUGAGUACCCGAUCGCGGACAUAGAUAGCCCCGAUAAGAAUGACGUGUUUGAUGUCAUUGAGUAUGUUGCCGACAUACAUGCUUUCUACAAGAGGAUAGAGAGUUUGAGCUGUGUUCCACCAGACUAUAUGGACUUGCAGCCUGACAUUAAUGAAAGAAUGAGGAGUAUUCUCAUUGACUGGCUGAUUGAGGUACAUUACAAGUUUGAACUAAUGGAGGAGACGUUGUACCUUACGGUGAACCUCAUAGAUAGGUUCUUAGCAGUCCAACCGAUUGCGAGGAAGAAGCUUCAGCUGGUUGGUGUCACAGCAAUGCUUCUGGCCUGCAAGUAUGAAGAAGUCUCUGUCCCUUUGGUCCAGGACUUCAUCUCCAUUACAGACAAAGCUUAUUCCAGAAAUGAAGUCCUUCAAAUGGAGAGGGUGAUGAUCAAUACAUUGGAGUUCAACAUGUCGGUCCCGACACCGUAUGUGUUUGUGAGACGGUUCCUUAAAGCCGCGCGAUCUGAUAAGAAGUUGGAAUGGACGUCUUUGUUCGUGAUUGAUCUGUGCCUGGUUGAGUAUCAAAUGUUGAGGUUCCCGCCGUCGCAGCUGGCGGCGGCGGCGUUGUUCACCGCCCAAUGCACCCUGACCGGCGGCGGUGGAGGAGGCUGCAGCUUGGAUCAGUGGAGCAGAACGUGCGAGACCCACCACAGCAAAGAACAGCUCUUGGACUGCUCAAAACUGAUGGUUUCUCUCCACCGGAAAGCAGCCAGCGGCGGGCGGCUCACGGCGGUGCUCCGCAAGUACAGUGCCGCUAAAUUCGGGUGCGUGGCCAAGUCCGCCGAACCCGCCGUGUUUCUUUCAGACGCUCAACCGCAUCUCUCUCUUGGUCCUUACAUCGCAUCUUGUUUUCCAUUGUUCUUAACACCGAGAAGCAUAAAAAUGGCUACUCCCACCAAUUCUCUAGUUUCCCCCCAAUUCUUAUCCGGUGGAACCCUAAUUUUAAUCGCACCCCGUAUCCCCAAAUCCUUUCGCUCCGAUCGGAAACUUCCAUUCCCAAAAUUAGCAGCUAUUCGCAAGAACUCAAAUUCCAAGGCCGCUUUCACAGCUGCCGCAGCACUCGUCUUCUGCUCCGCCACUCCUCAAGCUUAUGCCGUCGAUGCUCCAGCUCCGCCCGCCCCGGUUCAGGCCGAAUUGCCUAAACCCGGCCCGUCUACUCCCUCCCCCUUCUCCCAAAAUAUUGUUUUGAAUGCGCCUGACCCGCUGACCCGACCCGCUUCCGACCUUCCGGAGGGAUCCCAGUGGCGUUACAGCGAGUUCUUGAAUGCGGUGAAGAAGGGGAAGGUCGAGAGGGUUCGGUUCAGCAAAGACGGGAGCUUUUUGCAGCUCACGGCGGUUGAUGGCCGGAGAGCUGCGGUGGUUGUUCCCAACGACCCGGAUUUGAUCGACAUACUGGCUAUGAACGGGGUGGAUAUCUCCGUCUCCGAAGGAGAAUCAGGGAACGGCCUGUUCGGGUUCAUUGGGAAUUUAAUCUUCCCGGCUCUAGCAUUGGGCGGGCUUUUCCUGCUUUUCAGGCGUGCCCAGGGCGGUCCCGGUGGACCAGGGGGACUAGGAGGUCCAAUGGAUUUCGGCCGGUCGAAAUCCAAGUUCCAAGAAGUGCCCGAAACAGGAGUCACAUUUGCGGACGUGGCUGGAGCAGAUCAAGCCAAACUAGAAUUACAAGAAGUGGUUGAUUUCUUGAAGAACCCAGACAAGUACACUGCCUUAGGGGCAAAAAUACCCAAAGGGUGUCUCUUGGUGGGCCCGCCCGGGACCGGGAAGACCCUAUUGGCCAGAGCUGUGGCCGGCGAGGCCGGCGUGCCGUUCUUCUCCUGUGCGGCCUCGGAGUUCGUCGAGCUAUUUGUUGGGGUGGGAGCUUCUAGAGUGAGAGAUUUGUUCGAGAAGGCAAAGUCCAAAGCCCCUUGCAUUGUGUUCAUAGAUGAGAUUGAUGCGGUUGGGAGGCAGAGAGGGGCUGGGCUUGGCGGGGGGAACGACGAACGAGAGCAGACUAUCAAUCAGCUCUUGACGGAAAUGGACGGGUUUUCGGGCAACUCGGGUGUCAUAGUUCUGGCUGCUACAAACCGACCGGACGUUCUUGAUUCUGCAUUGUUGAGGCCAGGGAGGUUUGAUAGGCAAGUGACUGUGGAUAGGCCUGACGUUGCAGGCAGAGUAAAGAUUCUUCAGGUGCACUCUCGAGGAAAAGCCCUUGCGAAGGACGUGGACCUAGAGAAGAUAUCAAGGAGAACGCCGGGCUUCACCGGUGCUGAUUUGCAAAACCUGAUGAACGAGGCGGCUAUUCUCGCAGCUCGGCGCGACCUCAAGGAAAUUAGCAAAGACGAGAUCUCUGAUGCUCUUGAGAGGAUAAUCGCCGGCCCCGAGAAGAAAAAUGCUGUUGUCUCUGAAGAGAAAAAGAAGCUGGUUGCUUACCAUGAGGCGGGCCAUGCUCUAGUAGGAGCGCUUAUGCCAGAGUACGAUCCGGUUGCCAAGAUCUCUAUCAUUCCUCGUGGCCAAGCCGGGGGACUCACCUUCUUCGCUCCAAGUGAAGAGAGACUUGAGUCUGGGCUCUAUAGUCGAAGCUACUUGGAGAAUCAAAUGGCUGUUGCUCUUGGUGGAAGGGUCGCGGAGGAGGUCAUCUUUGGGGUAGAUAAUGUGACUACCGGGGCAUCAAAUGACUUCAUGCAAGUCUCCCGCGUCGCCAGGCAAAUGGUGGAGAAGUUUGGGUUCAGUAAAAAGAUUGGACAGGUUGCCAUUGGUGGAUCCGGAGGGAACCCUUUCUUAGGGCAACAGAUGUCGUCGCAGAAAGACUACUCGAUGGCAACGGCGGACAUAGUGGACGGGGAGGUGAGGGAGCUGGUGGAGAGGGCGUAUUCGAGGGCGAAACACAUACUCACAACCCACAUUGACAUACUCCACAGGCUUGCCCAGCUCUUGAUUGAGAAAGAAAGUGUGGAUGGUGAAGAGUUCAUGAGCCUCUUCAUUGAUGGCAAGGCUGAGCUCUAUGUUGCUUAGUGUCAUUUAUUACAGUAUCAUUUCUUCUUCUUCUUCUUCUUCACUAUAUACACAGUACAAUACUCACUACUCAUAUUCCUGAAUCUUGUGUGUAUAUAUAUAUCUUGUCUAUACUCCUCCAACUUUACCCUUUUUUGGGUGUCCUAUAAACACUUCUUACUUUUAUUUCUUUUUUUAGUAAUGAAUAUGUGUGAAUUGU